UUCAACUGGUUGCCACCAGUUCACAGUGACCAGCUCAAUAUUGUUAUACAUACAGGUACGGACAUACAGCUGGUGCAGCCGAAAAAUCAAUAAGACCACAAACUUCUACGUAAGCAGUGAUACGAGUUUUAUAAAUGCGCAAUAUGCUAUCGCAGUCAAAAGUUUUCGGCACAAUGCUUGGAUGCUUUAUUUUGCUGGUGUGCAGUGCUUCUCAAGUGCGUGCCUUUGACUCCAAGGACAGCAUCUUUGCAGAUGUCUUGCUUACCGACUUGCUAAAUCGUAUGGAUAAUGAUAUGCAGGUGGGCUACUACGAUGUGGACAAUGAAGGAGAUUUGGCCGCAGUGGCUGCUGCUGCCGCCAAGGAUAAUGUGGAUUUGGUAUCGCGUUCGGAAUACGCUAGACUGUGCAAUGGGGGCAGCGAUUGCUUGCUGCAGUCGAACAAUGCACACCCAUCCCUACGGGAUCAGGAGUUUUUGCAGCACAGCUCGCUUUGGGGACAUCAAUACGUGUCGGGUGGCAUGGGUGAGGUGCCAAAUCGCUACAACACUAUAGUUAAAACCGAUGCCAGCCUGCCUGCCUAUUGCAAUCCGCCCAAUCCUUGUCCCGAGGGCUAUGACACGGAACAACAGGCCGGCAAUUGCAUAAGUGAUUUUGAUAAUACAGCUAUCUAUAGCCGCGAAUUUCAGGCUGCCCAGGAGUGUACGUGUGACAGCGAGCAUAUGUUUGAUUGCGCCGAUCAGGAAAACGCUGCUGGCGUUGGCCCUGGUAACAGCGAUUUAAAUUCGGCUGUGGAGAAGUUUCUCUUGCAUCAAUUUGGCAACGAGAAUGUCCUGGACAAUGCCAACGUCGUUGCCAAGAAGGCUGGACAUAUGCCAGCGCUUCGAAUGGAUUCUAUACCCAAUCCUUUUCUACAAGUUGCUCCAGGCGACCGUCUACCAAUUGCAGCUAAAAAGGGCAACAUGCUCUUCAAUUAAAUAUCCUAAGAAUAACUUAGCGCAACAUUACUUGGCCACCUAAAUAUUUGUUGGCUUCUUUAGUUUAAAAAUUGUUUAUCCACCAUUAUAUAUCAUAGUCGUUUCUGAAUGUUGUCCCAUAUGCAUAUAUAGAGCUCAUAGCAGUUUCGAAGAACCUAUAGAAAUAAAGUUAUUCAGAAUAAACUAUGGCUUCAAGCCAAAAUAAACAAAAA